AUUAAUCAACGGUUGUUACUGUUGCCUGACCGGGGAGCUUUUGGGUGUUUGGAUUGUCCCCUUCUUCUAGGGAAAUAAGUUUUGGGAGAGGCAAGGAAGAGGGAAGACAGUAGUUCCUGCUCGAGAUCGAGAUCGAGGGAGAGAGAGAGAGAGAGAGAGAUGGGGGUCUGUUAUGGUACUCCUGACUUCCCUACUCCUAGCUUUACUGGUCGUCUCAAAUCAGGGAUGAAGUUGACAAUCAGUAGUUCAUCAUCUUCCGCAGCCAGCAAUAGCCAUGACUUGGUGGUUGCCCACGACAAUCUGGCCUACGGAGAUGGACAGAUUUUGGCAGAACAUAACUUGACCGACUUCAGUUUCGCAGAGUUGAAAGAGGCGACCAAAAAUUUUCGAGCCGAUGCGCUGGUUGGAGAAGGAGGAUUUGGUAGUGUAUAUAAAGGGAUGCUUCAUGGAAGGGAACAGUCUGGAAGGAGAAAGACUAUAAUAGCCGUUAAAAGAUUAGACCCGGAGGGUCUUCAAGGGCAAAGAGAGUGGGUGACGGAGAUAAAGUUUCUUGGAAGGCUGUCUCACCCUAACCUUGCCAAGCUUCUGGGAUUUUGUCAAGAGGAUGGCAAUUUAGCUCUUGUUUAUGAGUUCAUGCCAAAGGGCAGCUUGAACAACCACCUAUUCAGAGAGGGCCCCACUUCUACUCUUCCCUGGGAUGUACGCCUCAAGAUUGCGAUCGGCGCUGCCAAAGGCCUGGCUUUCUUACACAAUUCUGAGUGGAAAAUAAUAUACAGAGAUUUCAAAACUUCAAAUAUUUUGCUAGAUCAGUCUUACACGGCCAAACUCACGGACUUUGGAUUGGCGAGAUCUGGUCCUCAAGAGCCCGAGACACACGUUUCCACACGGAUUAUGGGUACCUAUGGCUAUGCUGCCCCUGAAUACGUAGCAACUGGGCAUCUAUAUGUAAAGAGCGAUGUUUAUAGUUUCGGCGUCGUGUUGCUUGAGAUACUAACAGGCUUAAGGGCAAAUGAUGUGAACCGUCCGAAAGCAAAACGUCUUUUAGUGGAGUUGGCCAGACCACUCUUAUCCAGUAAAAGAAAACUGAAGACUAUAAUGGACUCUAGAUUGGAGGACGAUUAUUCUAUGGAUUCUGCAUUCCAAAUAGCACAGCUAGCUUUAAAAUGCCUACAAAGGACUCCUUACAAGCGGCCUUCCAUGACUGAAGUUGUGGAAGAACUGGAAUCAAUAGAAGCUGCCAGUGCUAAAUAAAUACCACGGGAUUCUUGAUUUCACUUGUUUUGUUGUAAUGUGGUCAAAGUCUGUUGCUCCACAUUUUUCCAAUUUACCGGGAUUAAUCUUGGACCGUGAAUGUUCAUCUCCAUUGUACUCAGCAAUUACUGGGUGUUGUAUUCUCUUGUCAGUUCUUCAGAAUAUUCAUGACACGUAAAUCAAUAUGUACAUUGGCUUGUGAAUUGAGAUGUUGCGAUUGUACUUUCUUUUAGAGAGGAACCUAAGGUUUACAAAAGAA